ACUGAUUCUCCUCCCCCCUUUUUCCCCCCCCAGGAAGAAGAGACGAAGCGGCUGCUGGAGCCCACAGCCAGCCCCCCCAACAAGGUGCUGAACGGCGCCGAGCAGAGUUACCACAACCUGCCCUCGGCCCGCACCGACGAGCAGGCCAUGCUCUCCUCCAUCCUCGCCAAGACCGCCAUCAACAUCAUCGACGUGUCGGCAGCGGAUUCGCAGGGGAUGGAGCAGCACGAGUACAUGGACAGAGCCAGGCAGUACAGCACACGCCUGGCCAUGCUCAGCUCCAGCCUCACGCACUGGAAGAAGCUGCCGCUGCUGCCGUCCCUCACCAGCCAGCCCCACCAGGUGCUCGCCAGCGACCCCGUCCCCUUCGCAGACCUGCAGCAGGUGUCCCGGAUAGCUGCCUACGCCUUCAGCGCCCUCUCCCAGAUCCGCGUCGACGCCAAAGAAGAACUGGUUGUACAGUUUGGCAUCCCUUGAACCCUUCCUCCCACCACCACCAUCAUCAUCACCAUCAUCGUCACCGCCGCAGCUUCACCGAGUUUUGGGUUGGUUUUGGUUAUUUUUUUCUUUUUUUUGGUGGUUUUUUUUCCCCUUUUCCCAUAUUUUUGGCCUUCUCCUCCCUCCCCACGGCGCUGCCAUCACUCGGACAGACACCUGGUUUCUUACUCCUUGCCAAGAUGCCACCCCCCCCAGGAGUUUUUUAUUUCCCCCCCCC